UCGUUAUCUAUGUGUCGCGAACGAUUUUGCGUAGAAAACACCAAUAGAAAAUGCUUCAAUCCAAGGAAACGAUGUCCAAAUCUAAUUAUUUGUGAUUUAUUUACUCUCCAGGCCAAGAGUCAGUUUCUGGAAACUAACCUUCAGACAAGCCUGUUCACCACAGAGUCAGCUCCAAUCUCCCUUCCAUCACUCCCGGCUGACCUUUGACCUGAUCCCCCGGUGAACUCCGUCCUCUUGUGAAGUAACGUACCACACCUGAAGAGCCAGCAUGACUAGUCGAGGGAGCAAAGGGGUGGAGAGGGUUCCUAUCCAGAGCACAGCAGGUGCUAUACCCGUAAAAAAUGACAAAGGUCAAAUUAGUAUGCAGAAGGUAAAAGUCAAGAGAUAUGUGCCUGGUAAAAGACCUGACUUUGCACCUCAGUUUAGUAGUGAUGAGGAUGAGGAGGCCGAGGGACCCUUCAUUGGGAGACGCAAACAACAUUAUCAGUCGUCAAGGCUCGAUGCUGAAGACGCGAGAAUCAGAAGGUUACGCGUCAGGCAGGAAGAUGAUAGCGAUGACGAAGAAGAUGAGAGGAUUGCACGUCACAGGCAUAUCCACGGUCCAGAGAUUCUUGACGAAGUCAAUGAGGAGGAAGAAGAGAACGAUCUCAGUCAUCGAAGCCGGGACCGUGGUCGCAGGCUACACGAGCGGCGUGAGGAGAGCUCCGACGAUGAAAUUGUCGCGGAAAGAGAAACUGAGGUGUAUUCGAGAAGCUUCCGGGAAGUGGACCGCCGAGAAGCAGCACCCAGCAAGGUGUAUCGGAUGGAGGUGGAGGAGAGUUCUUCUGACGAGGAGGAACUCGAUGAGGAGGAGAUCGAGAGGAGGAGAGCGGCGAUGAGGGCUCGAGCUAGACAACGUGUCCAGGAAGAAGAGGAGGUGCUUGGGGUGGACGAUGAGAUCAAGAAGGAGAAAGUAGAUUCAGAAGAAGAGGAAUCGUCAGAAUAUGAGGAGUAUACAGACUCGGAAGAAGAGGAUGGACCAAGGUUAAAACCGGUAUUUGUUGCCAAGAAAGAUCGUGUCACCAUUCAAGAAAAGGAAAUAGCUGCCAUGAAAGAGCAGGAACUAGAACAAGAUGCCAAGCGCAAGGCCGAGGAAAGGAAAAGAGAAACGAUAAGAAUGGUGGAGUUAGAUGCAAGGCAGAUCCAGCAAGCGGAGGAGGACGUUGGUUCCAACGAGCCCAACCUCUUGACGGUAAACACCGACGACGAGAACGAUGAAGUCGAGUACGAGGCUUGGAAGGUUCGCGAACUCCGCAGGAUCAAACGGGACAGGGACGAACGUGAACAGAUUGAGAAGGACAGACUCGAGACGGAGAGAUUGAGAAACAUGACGGAGGAAGAGAGAAGAGAAGAACUAAGGGUGAAUCCCAAACAGAUAACCAACAAACAGAGUAAAGGAAGAUACAAGUUCUUACAGAAGUAUUAUCACCGUGGAGCUUUCUAUCUGGACGAUGAGAAGGAAGUUCUUAAAAGAGAUGUUUCAGGAGCCACACUGGAAGAUCACUUUGAUAAGACUGUCUUGCCUAAAGUCAUGCAGGUCAAGAACUUUGGACGGUCUGGUCGCACCAAGUACACCCAUCUUGUUGAUCAAGACACCACCUCCAUGGACUCACCGUGGACCAACGAAACGGCCCUCUCCAGGAAGUUCCAGACCUCUGUCGCCGGAGGCAUGAAGCAAACCUUCGAGAAACCUACCGCAAGGAAAUCAAGAAAGGCUCCGAUGCAAUGAGAUUGGCCACUCUAGAAGAAUGGCUGUCGUUACAGCUGAAAAAUACAUUUACUUUACAGUGGUAAGUUUCCUCAAGAAUGUUUCAGACCACUAUUACAAGGGCAUGAAGCAAACCUUUGAGAAACCUUCCCACCACCACAAAGAAAUCAAGAAUGGCUCCAAUG